UAGGCAUCUUUUGAAUCUUUUCGUUUCUCCCACGUCAUCUUAUCCCAUCUAAGCAAUUAGCAAUUGAUGCAGUGUCAAUUGACGGCGAAGUCUAGUCGACUGUGUGUUUGUGGUGGCACGGCCACGAAUUCAAGCAAACAUCCUUCAGUAUCACCGAGCUGACCCCAGCUCAAUUGACCAAAAUGUCGAACACCCCAGGAGACGACGAGCAGAGUCUACUCAGAUCUGCGGGAUAUACACCAGAGACUCCUCCGACACCAGGCUCAACCACACUUCGACCACCGAAUUCAAGACGCAGAUUCCAAAGAAUGGACUCGUCAGGGCCCACAGAGUACAAUGAUCCUGCACCUCGAUACUCGUCGCCGGUCUCUGCCAUGAGCAAUUUCGAAACCUUCGAGGCGGGUACAGCAGGAUUGGGAAUACGACCACAAUCGAUACAGCGGGUGCCGGUUGGAAGUCGAAUAUCGUUGUCGAACCCAUUCGAACCCUCCUCGAGCAGAUCUACACCAGGAACCCCUGGCUUGACAAAUCCUUUCGAAAAUCCAUACAUCCAGAAUGCUUCAGGGACACCCAGGUCGGAAGAUGAAGAAGAUAUAACGAAGGGAAAGAACAUAUUUUCAGACAGUCCCGAAUUACCAUUCGUGACAAUUGACGAAGUGCCGAGGGUGACUCCUUUGACGGGAACGCCAAUGUCUAUGAAUAAUGAGAACGAUAAUGAUAAUGAUAACUUGAAACCUUAUGCGGAACGACUUUCACAAUCGAUAGCAGGAUGUCCGGCCAAUCAUGAUAUACACUCUCACCGAUACAGCUGGCUAUCUAUUUCCAUUUUGAUGCUAUCGAUAUACUCGACCAUCUUUUCGGGCAUAUGGCUCGUUUUGGCUCUUGCUCAACCUCGAUAUGGCCGAGCGAUACAUUCAGGAGGGAAAUUGUCGCCCUCUACAGCUUCGAUUGUAUUUGCACUAUUUGCGAAAACGAUUGAAUUGUCGUUCGUUACCGUCUUCAUUACAUUUUUGGGUCAAGUGUUGAGUAGGAGAUCUUUAGUAAAGUCAUCUCGAGGAGUGACAAUUGCGGAGAUGACAAUGCGGACUUGGGUCAUUCAGCCAGGAUUUAUGAUCACUCAUUUCCAGAAUCUUCAGCAUGCAGGACUUACAUUUCUCGGAGUCAUCUCCUUGACUGCUGCUUUGGUUUCCAUGUUUUAUACGACCGCAUCAGAUGCCAUUGUCUCGCCUCAGCUCCGGUUUGACAAGACGAAGAACACUGUGAUGUAUGGUUUGGUUCAGGCAAGUUAUGCGAAUCCGAUUUAUAUCGAAGGAAAUUGCAAAACGCCUAUUUCCAAGGAUGUGGACCCCGAUGGCAAUGCUGGCUUGACUUGUCUGGCAUAUGAAAAUGCUGGACAGUCGUACCACAAUGCCAUCUCAUUCCUGAGUACCUGGGGGGAUAUCAAUGCCGAAGGAGCUGGCGUAUCUACCAAUAUUGCGGACCGCCCUGCUGCGCCUGGGAUGUUGUUUGACAACACCACUGUGGUUGGGAGCUGGGUUGCAGCAAAUUACAGCAACAUAACAUCGGCCUAUGAGAAAUACAGCAGAAUCGUGAAUAACGUCACGCUUUCCAUGCCUCAUGCUGGACUAUUCGCUGCUGCCAGAGCGUCAAAGAAUGGCAUCUUGCAACCCGAAGAACUUGCCGGAGUCGGAGAAUACAACAUCGAAGCCUCUGUGAUCAGUCCUACGGUGAACGUGUUGUGUGCCAACAUGAACAAAACCGAGGUUGCCCCAUUGAUUUACACGACCUGGCCACAUGCUACCGUGACGAAUUCCAGCUCAAUGCCUGGACAAGUCCUUGCUUGGCCUGGAUACCAAGAUGAUAUCCAGCUACUAUCUGGCCAACAGUACCUAAAUAGCACAGCGGCUGACGACGUCUUCGAAUGGGGCCAGAAAUACAAGCGCCAACCUCCUGUGUUUCCGAUGGUAGGUUUCGUUCGGUGCAAGUGUAUAAUUGCUAAUUCUUUUCAGUAUCCAAUUGAAUACAACUCACUCACCAAUAUCUCGGUUUACAUGAGCGACUCCGUCUAUAUGUUGAUCAAGGCUCCUGAUGCGUCCACUGCUGAUUACACCAUGUGUCAACUGCGAUCGUACCAGUCUACUUCUUGUAGCUCUUUCUACAAUGUUUCUGGGUUGAGUGACGGCCAAUUAGAAUCCCAUUGCGAUGAUCCCAACAAUCUGAUGGCAUACAAUAGAUCGGUUCAACCAGCCCCUGAGACCUGGAACAAGGACUGGAGGAAUGUUGCUCAAGAAUGGAUAUUGUCUUUAUCUCUCAAUACUGGAUUGUCCGACGCUAACUCGUCUACAUCAAGACUACUCUCUCAACUGAUCCCCACGGCUCCUAGCAGCGGUCUUCCUACGCUGCCUGUUCUGACACCAAGUAUUUCCGAAUUGUUAGCUGUAAUGGCAGGAAGUACACUCAUGGAUAGUACCUCGGACUCAACCUUUUACCAUUACUGGACGUAUCCGGCGAAUAUUUUGGAUCCGGGAGAGUGGGAACCUUUCAAUGCAUCAAUAUCGUCACAGCAGUAUACCUCUGGACUUCAACAGCAGUGGCAAGGGAUAUUCUACGUGGUGUUGUUACUCGUGUUUGUGACCAAUGUCUUCUGCUUGGUCUACUUCAUUCUUCGACAUGGGCUGGUAACAGAUUAUACCGAGCCUUCGAAUUUAUUUGCUUUAGCUGUAAACAGUCCUCCGUCGCACCGCUUGGAUGGGAGUUGCGGUGCUGGACCGGAAGGACAUCAACUGGAUGUGGAUUGGCAUGUGAUGGCUGAAAAUUCUUCUGGGCACUUCUUCAUUCGAGAGGGACAGCAGGGGGUACAGGAUAACGAGUUUGAGCUGCGGAGGAGGUCGCCGCAGAAUUUGAAGAGUAUUACCAGCUAUAGCAAGCUGAGCGCGAAAAGAAACUCGUUUCUGUAGAUGAACAAUGCAUAUUUGUUCGAUACCAUAUUCUCCUUCCCGAGGUGGAGCCGGAGUGGAGUGGCGGGGCGGGAGAAAGCGGGAUAUCCCACUCUCGAUUUCCAUCCAUCCCACUCGGAACUGACAAAGCGGAUUAACCCCAAGCCGAUCUUCGACCUUUUUUUCUUGUCGUACAAGAAUCCGAAAGGAGGCAAUUGCAUAUUCUUCGAGUAACAGAAAUGGCUGACG